AUGGGUCCCACCGUAUCCUUUGGCGAUCACAACUUCGGGCCGCAGGUCGGGAUCAAUAAUGGGACUAUCAAUAACGAGUUUCAUCAUUCUCCCACCUUCGAGACACAGCUACCAAUGGUACCCGAAGCUCUCUUCAACUCAUUCCGAGACCAACAUGAAAACGAAUGUCUGGAAGGAACGCGAGUUGGUCUUCUUCGCCAGAUCAGAGAAUGGGCUUCCUCUCCCCGAAACUCGCCCAAUGGCCAAUGUAUAGUAUUUUGGUUAAAUGGAAUGGCCGGAACAGGGAAAUCGACAAUCUCUCGAAGUGUUGCAAUGUAUUUCAACGAAAGAAACGCAUUGGGCGCCAGCUUCUUCUUCAAAAGAGGCGAGGGAGACAGAGGAAAUGCCGGGAAGCUUAUAUCAUCAAUUGCACGACAAUUCGCAAUCAGCAUCCCUCAACUGCACCCUCAUAUUGAACAAGCAGUUUCUGCUGACCCGGGCAUUGCCAUGAAGGGGAUGAAAGAGCAGUUUAAUAAACUGAUCAUUCACCCUCUUCUGAACUUAUCAUCUGAGCAGGCAGAUGUUUCGCAGACAGUCGUCAUAUUAAUCGAUGCGCUGGACGAGUGCGACGGAGAUGAAGAUAUAAGGCUCAUACUCCACCUUUUACCCCAACUUCAACAGUCAAAUCCACUGCAUUUCCGGGUAUUCAUUACCAGCAGGCCAGAGCUUGAAAUUCGUUUAGAGUUCUCCAGGCUUUCGAACCACCAGGACUUCAUUCUGCAUGAGAUUGCCAAAGAAGUUAUCGCAAAAGAUCUAUCACUAUUCCUGAGCCACAGACUGUCCACAAUCAGGUCAAAUCGCUCCUUACCUGAUAAUUGGCCAGGCGAUUCAACACUCGACCAAUUCGUAAAACUAUCCUCGCCGCUCUUCAUAUUCGCUGCUACCAUUUGUCGCAUGCUCGAAGAUCGCUCCUUUGACCCUGCGGAAAUCCUUGCCGACAUACUAUCGUCCUCAGACAUUCUAUCGAAACUGGAUAGAACAUAUCUUCCGGUUCUCAAAAGGCAGUUUGGUAGCUCCGAAACCACGAAGCAUCGAGAACGGGUAAUUGCGAGAUUUAAGCAGAUCGUGGGUGCCAUUGUGAUUCUCGAGAAACCACUGCCGAUCGCCUCGCUUUCCAAGCUUCUCGAUACCACAGAGACGACGAUCCAGAACACUUUAGACACUCUACACUCGGUUCUUAGUGUUCCAGAUAAGAAACAUUUCCCAGUGCGGCUAUUCCAUCUAUCGUUCCGAGACUUCCUUCUUGAUCCAGAAAUACGGGAAAAAACUCCCCUGUAUAUUGAUUCAAGAGUUGCAAAUCGUCAUCUGACCAUUCAAUGCAUGUCAUUAUGUCGGAAACACCUCCAAAGGAAUAUUUGCCAAUUGGCUGAAGAUGGGACACCUCGUGUAGAUCUCGAUCUCGACACCCUAUCUUAUCAUCUCCCUUCGGAGCUAGGCUAUGCCUGCUGCUAUUGGGUAUAUCAUCUAGUAUCAUCUGCAGAUUCAUCAGGCGAUCCUUUCUUCGAGAAUCUUCUCAGGGAAGCAAUUUCAUUUCUUCAGAAACACCUCUUGCACUGGAUGGAGGUUCUGAGCCUCUUAAGUCAAACUUCAGAGAUUUUAAGGUCCAUAGACCUUCUAUUGGCAAUUAUAUCAAAUCGGAAGGAUGACAGCUCCGACACGUUCGAGUUUCUUCACUAUGCAAGACGCUUCAUACUCAAAAACUUCCAGGUCGUCGAUGCAUUUCCUCUCCAACUCUACAGUUCUGUAUUGGUAUUUUCUCCCAGGAAUGCAAUCCGCAAAAAGCUUGAAUUCAAUCUUCCCCCGUGGCUAUCCCAACUACCGGUGGUAGAUGAAACUUGGAGUCCAGCGUUACAGACCCUCGAAGGCCAUGAAAGUCAAGUUUUCGGAGUGACUUUCUCGCCUGACGGUCGGCACUUGGCUUCUGUUUCCGAUUACUCAAUACGAGUCUGGGACCCCACUACAGGCGACUUGGAAUACAAGAUCGAAUUCGAUGAAGAACUUAACACCAAACCCUCUGACAGCCCUGAGAGGAAUCACUUCGAGCCGCUGGCCUUUUCCCCCAAUGGCCGAUUUCUGGCGUCUCUGUCUCUUCGUGGGAGACUGAGGGUCUGGGAUAGGGCAAUCAAAGCCUUGCGGGAUGAUGCUCAACUCAACCGCGCUGAUAUCCAAGCAGUAAAGUUUUCGCCUAGCAGCCAACAACUGGCGUUUGCGUCUGGCAUGGGGGAGAUGAUCCUGUAUGAUCUCAUAGAUGGCACUGUGACGCAUAAUAUGAUCGGAUAUCGAAAGCCAGCCCUGGACAGGGUAUUUUCUCCUGGUGGCUGUAUUCUUGCGUCUGGAUUUUCAGAUGGUACGAUUGAGCUCGCUGAUCUCAUGACGGGAGCAAUCAAUCACAAGUUCGAGGGUCAUUCAGUGUUUCCAGUUGAGUCUCUACAAAUAUCGCCCAAUGGAAAGCUUCUAGUGUCUUUUUCACCGCAUCAAGGGAGGACUAGACUAUGGGACGCCACGAGUGGCAGGCUAAUUCACGAAAUUGACACUGGUGUUCAGAAGCUAAUGUCCCGCCGACUGGCUUUCUCUCCUGAUAGCCAAGUACUGGCUCUUGUGGGGUAUGACGGAAUCAGCCUUUGGGAUACUAUGACGGGUAAUCGCAAGAUCUCAUCCAUACAUAUUAAGUUCCGUGAAAGACAGAGUGAUAUUCACGAUGUUCGUGAGUUUGCCUUUACAUCCGAUAGCUCCAUGCUGGUGGUGGCUUGGGCAAAUAAGUUUAUAACUGGCUGGGAUUGCUCGACAGCAGUUCUAAAACUAAGUUAUGAGACGCAACCAGACUUAAUUUUGUCAGCAGCGCUAGCAUCAGAUGGCCAACAAAUGCAAAUGGCAUCUGGUGGAGUUGAUGGUAUUUUACGCCUCUGGGAUCUCGCCGCACUCACGGCUCUAGAAGUUGAGUCUAAUGAGAUUGAAUCCAUGUCGAUGUCAGCCAAUGGAAGGCUAUUGGUAUCAAAAUAUGUGGCAAAAACGAUAUAUCCCCAUUUCUUUCAUCCUCCGAGUCCAUUCAGAUGUCCUCCACCAUUAGGUGUCUGGGACACAACGACGGGCGUUUGCAAGCAUAUGCUUCAGGUUCAUAGCAACGACUCGGAAAGGACAUUUACGUCCAGAGGGAAUCUUACAAUACUAAUUUCUGCAAUCGCCUUCUCUCCUGACAAUCAAAUGAUCGCGCUGAUGAGCAAUUACACGAACCGCACUGACACAAUCCAAGAUAAGAUAUCAUUAUGGAACACAAGAACAGGCACCCAGAAAGGCACACUCCACACAGCUCUGCCUAACGGGCAACAGCCCUUAUCUUCAUCCCCUUGCCUAGAAUUUUCGCGAAGUGAUCUAUUGGCAUGUGGUAUGGAUUACAUAGUUAUACUCUGGGAUACGAAAACUGGCGCACAGUUAAAAUAUUGGCGGGUGGAUCAGAAGGUUACUAAACUUGAGUUCUUCAACGGCGGGCCAAGCCUGGAAAGUAACUUGAAUAUUACUGGUCUCCGCAAAUUUGGCCAUGAAACACACCUGCGAACCAACUUCGGUGUGCUUGAUUCAGGGAAUGAUACUUUCUGGAAAAAUCCAUUCCAAGUGAGACUGGUAGCUUUGGCUUUGCGGCGAAAGCGAAAUCUUCGAAAUGCAUUUGGUUCCAUGAUGAUUAGAACUGGUGAACGAGAGGAAAGGACAAGCCAGAUGCCAAUCACCUUGAUGCAAGAUGGAAUUUCAGGUCAAUCCAAUACUCAAAACCAAGCUAUCUCGCAGGUAUCCCUGGAAACCAACAAUCAGUGGAUCACAUUGAAUGGCAAAAAGGCAAUUUGGCUUCCUCCAGAGUUCCGGCCUUUGACAUUUGAGGUUGGGAUGCGUGACAAUCAUACCAUAAUUGCCUUGGGACUCAAAUCUGGGGAUGUCUGUUUUAUUGGAUUUCGCAUGUAA